AUGUAUAGUCCUAAUCAUAGCACAUUCAACUCUCUCAUGAAAUAAUUAGAGUCAUACCAAUUUGAUGAACCUACUUUGCCAUAAUGGCCAUUGUCUAGUAUCAAAUAGCCUAUAUUAUCUCCUUAUUUUGAAAAUGCAUUAUAAAUUUAGAGUUCAAAUUUUGAAUUCGUGAAGAAAUAAAAUGGUAGUGUAAGUUUCAAGAUUACAUUACCUGCAAAUACAUCCUUAUAAUUCGAACUCAGACACAAUUUCCAAGUGGUAUGAGAGUUACUAAUUACGAGAUCAUAGGAUUGGGGGAUGGAAAAGUAAUUUGUAAAACUGAACACAGCACUAACGAAAUACCUUUAAAACAACCAUGCAAUAUAAUUAAACCAUUCGAAUUAAUUAAUUAAGGAAUAAAAGAGUGUAAAAUUGGAAUACAAGUUAGUUGAUUUUAUUAUUAAAUAUGAUAAUAUAUUUUAUAUAUGUAAGAACUCAUUGAAAGAACAAAACUUUAGAUUGCCAUUAAUCAAAUCUAAACUACUGAUUACUAAAAGCUUGUUCAAGACACAGAAUUACUGCAUUAAAACAUCAUCGUUACUUUAAACUCAAUCCAAAACAAAGAAAUAUAAGUAAUAAACUCUAUUAUUCAAUUAGGAUUUCUUCUUUAUACUUAAACCAACUUAAUAGCUCUAUAAUUGCAUAUGCGGUUUACUUUGUAUUGUUGCAGGACUAGAUAAAGUCAUAUCAACUGACUAUUUGUUCUUGCAAACAAGGGAAUGGGUGCCAAGUCAAAGUCAAUUUUGUAAGAAUUAUGAACCAAUUUGUUUAAUCCUCUCUAAUAUUCAAUAGUACACCCUGAAAAAGAAAAUCAAUGUUACCAAUAUCAAAGAAGCGAUGAAAUACUACACUCAAAAUGUUAAAACUGAUGAUCCAUUAACAGUAACAGAAAAACUAGAAUAUAUUCUAAAAUGUGUUAUUGAUUAUUAUGAUUCAUUCCAUAAGAUUCUAAAAAUCAACAAAAACUCUGAACUACAAAAAAGAACUCCACAGAAGAUUAACCCAGAUUAAUUAAAAACUUAUAUGUUAGCAAAAUUAAGCAGUAAUUUUAAUUAGGAUGAGUCAGAAGAAAUACUGGAUGAACAUACUUAAAUUCAAUUAGAAGAUAAAUAAUAAAUUUAAUCAACUACCAAUCAAACUCCAUUAAAAAUGUUGAAUCGAUUCAAAGAUUUUAAUUCUUAUUCUAAAAAUAUUUCGUGUAAUCCUAAAAUAUCAAUCAGUCCCUCCUCACCUAGAUAUCAUACCUUAAAAAAAUACUCAUCUUUAUGCAAAUCCCCAGUCUAAUCAAAUUAACAAUCAUUUAACUUGACCAAUGAAUGCCAGAAUUUCUAAGAAAAUGGAAGUGCAAAGAGUCUUCAACCUAUGAAUCAAUCAAAUAAUUCUAAAAGUUGUUAAAAAGAAAAAGAUUUAACCAAUUCGCAGAACAUAAGCAAGUAAGUUAGUUCUCCUCCUCCAGUUAUAUCUCCAAGACAAUUAAUUAAGAAAGAAAUUCAUGUUACUUCCUAUGAGGCUCCUAAUUUGAACUAAAUUGUUGAAAAAAUAAAUAAUGAUGAUCCUGAUAUAGAACAAUAACUCAAAAAUGAAAUAUAGAAUGUUCUCAAAUAACUUAAGAAAAUUGAAGGAGUGAAGAAACAUCUGUUAUGGGAAGAUGAUCGACAAGUAUUUUAUUAUUUUAUUGAUUUCUUAGAGCAAAUAACAUUUAUUGAAAGCAGAUUCAAACUUCCCAUAACAAUAAGCAUAAUAAAUUAAAUUAAAUAUUGAUAAUACUUAAUAAAUUCCAAAUUAGUAACAAGGGCAAAACAAAAAGAAAUCAGAAAAAUUAAGUACUUAGAAAACAGAACCUAAUGAUUUCAAGACCAAGAGAAUAUAAAGUCUUUACAAAGAAUUAGAAAGAACAAUAGAACAAAAGAAUCAAGCCUACAAAGAUGCGUAAUGGAUAGAGUAAUAGGUGUAUACUAAAAAUUUAGGAAUUUAAAAAUAUUGA